AUGCCUUCUUGUCGCGUCGUAAACAAGACGGGCGUGCCCCUCAAUAUCUGCCUCAAGCAGGUCGCAGCCCUCCACUUUGAGAAUACAGUAAAGCCAGAUCAAGAAGUCAAAUUCAAGCCAGGUCGCGUAUGGUUCACUUUCGAAGCUCAAGUAGACGAUCCAUCAAAGGAUACGCGGUAUUCGAUCUUGAAGUCGGCAGCUACUAUCGGGUUGCUAUCGAUCGCGGUGGGUGCUGUGGCUGCCACAGCUGGAGCUGCUCUUCUACCUGCGUCGGCUACUGCUGGAGCUGUCGCCGGCGCGUCUGCUACCGCUAGCUAUUUGAGCCGAGCAGGGUGGGUGGCUAAGACCGCCUUGGUAAAGAAUGCUGGUACUAUCGGGAAGAUCUCUUCGAUAGCGGUUCCGAAAGCUGUGGAGAAGAUAUCUUCUGAGGUCGGCGGACUGACAUCUCUCCAGAAAGAAGUCUUGUCCAUCGUGGCGUCGCCAACUCUCUCCUCGGACGUCCGCAACAAAGCGACUCAUCUCCUCCGGUCGCUCUACGGCGCUUACUCUACCGACAAGACCGCCCCUCCACCCGCCUCCACCACCGCUCUGCCUGUCAACCCAGCUCCUAACUCAGCUUCCACGCGCGAAGCCCAAGCUCUGGACUCUGAGCUCAAUACGACACACGCCGAAUCGCAUAUCGAGAAUGUCCCUGUUUCAUCCGGUACAAUUCUCCGCGUACACGGUAUCUACAUGGACAGACGGCGAUACUUUGAGGUCCGGCUGAACAGCUCGGGCCAUCUCGAGCUUUGGGAUGCGGAGCGCGGGGAGAGGUGGGAUCGAAAGAUGGAGGCGACGAGGGAUAAGGCCGAGAAGGAUAGUUUGAAGCGGGAGGAGAAGCAGGAUAAGGAGAUGAAGAAGGCGGAGAAGGCAGAGCUGGCGGAGAAGGCCGAGAAGGAGCCGUCGAAGAAGGCAGGGUGGGGAUGGCCGUUAGGCGGAAGAGGAAAGAAGGGGGCAGUGGACUCGGAUGGGGAAGAGACGGACGCGGAGGAUGAUGGAGACUCGACGAGCGUUAUGCUGGAUGAGAAGAAGGAGGGGGAGGUGACGAUCUUGGAGAGGAGGCCGACAUUGAAGGAGAGGCUGGACGGGCUGGUACAUCCCACGCAGGACGCGGCUGGGGAGACCACGGAUGCAGGGGUGAGGCACGAUGAGAGGUUGCCCCCUCGGAUGGCGGAGUGA